AAAAAAGCAAAAAAGGAAGGUUUCAAAGUUUAAUAUUUUGGAAAAUAAGAGACGGACUGCUGAUUACUGAAGGAAGGUUGAAAGUCAGCUGCAAUGGCACUAUCAUCAAUAAUACGUCGCACCUUUAUCAAUGGCGCACUCUAUUCUGCUGCAGGACUACGCUUUGCAUCAACUCAGCAAGAAAAAAAAGUUUACUUUGAUGUAACUGCUGAUGGAGAGCCACUUGGGCGCAUUGUUAUGAAACUUAAUGCAGAUGAAGUCCCUAAAACAGCUGAGAAUUUUAGAGCUUUGUGUACAGGUGAAAAAGGGUUUGGAUACAAAGGUUCAUCAUUCCAUAGAAUAAUUCCUGACUUUAUGUGCCAAGGAGGUGAUUUUACUAAACAUAAUGGUACCGGUGGGAAAUCAAUUUAUGGUCGUACAUUUAUGGAUGAAAACUUUAAGCUGAGGCACACUGGUCCAGGUAUAUUGUCUAUGGCUAAUGCUGGACCAAACACAAAUGGAUCACAGUUCUUUAUUACAACUGCAGCCACACCUUGGCUGGACCACAAGCAUGUUGUAUUUGGAUCAGUAGUAGAGGGAAUGGAUGUUGUUAAAAAAAUGGAAAAUUUAGGUUCACGAAAUGGAACACCCUCUAAGAAAGUUGUUAUCGCAGAGUGUGGUGCCAUCGAUGAAGCUAUUGAGAUUUGCAAAGCUCAACAGCAAUAACUAAGAUGUUUUGUGAUGGAUGGAUAUUUGUUGAAAAAUAAAAAUGUUUUAAAAUAA